GUGGCCAUCGUGACAGGCGGCAGCAGUGGUAUCGGUCUGGCUCUCACCAACCACCUCAUCGCCAAGAAAUGGCACGUCUUCAUCGUCGACCUCCAGCAGCCUGUCCUCCCCGUCCUGCCAGACCUCACCACGUUUCUCAGUGCCGACGUCUCAGACUGGGACCAGCUCGCUGCUGCCUUCGAGAAGGCUCACGCCCGCUUCUCGCGCCUGGACUUUUGCGCCCUGAACGCCGGCAUCGACGACAGAGACGACAUCUUCCGCUCCAUCUCGUCUGGAGACCUCCCGCCGCGCCGGCCCAACAUGCGCACCUUUGAGGUCAACCUGUUUGGACCGUACUACGGCCUCAAGCUCGCGGCGCACUACAUGAGCCGCAACCCGGAGCCGGUGGCCCAGGGCGGCAAGGUCGUCGUCACGGCAUCAGUAUCUGGUUUUCGGGCACAUCCUCUUCUGCCGCAGUAUAGCUCUACAAAAUAUGGCGUCCUGGGCCUAGUGCGGGCUCUUGCGCCAGCUGCCAAGGAGGUCAACAUUCGGAUCAAUUGCCUCUGCCCCGCCGUGACAGCAACGGGACUGCCGCCCCCAGGCUUGAUGGAGAAGCUCCCUGAGUCAAUAAUAACGCCCAUGAGUACCUUACUGAGGGGAUUUGAUGAGCUCGCUGAGUUCGACCGCUUAGCUACCGAGGGCAGGGCGAAAUGGGUGAGCCAGGGACAGAGCGGUGCUUCUGUAGAGGGCAACCUGGAGGAGCUGUAUUACAGGGAGGAA